AAAUUGCCUUCAAAGGUAGAGGAGCUGGUCAUUUCAGCUGGUGCCUUCAGAAGAGUGCAGCAGCAAAGAUGAAGCUAAGACUUCAAGCACUGGCUUUGCUCUUAUGUUUCGUAGCAGUUGUUGAGCUACAGUCCCCAAGUGGUGAUGAUGAUAAUGAUGAUCGACCCGAUCUGGGUCCAAGAGGAAAUAGACCAGUACUACCAGGUGUUGCUUCACAAAAAUCAGGACAAUGUUUACAAGCCCAAGAUUUGCCACCUUGUACAGACCAAGACUGGGGCAAGAGAUGUCCAUCUGGUUGUAGAGUUCAGGGACUCAUAAAUAAGGCGGAUAGAGAAUAUGAAGACAGAAUAGAUAAACUCCGUAAACUGCUUAAUGAUAACCAGAACAUCUACAAAACUGCUAGCCAGAUUACAAAAGAAACAUAUGAUGCCAUUAAAAACAAUCUGAUUGCUGAUUCUGGAGGUGACAAUCGUUACGCAGAGCUGGUGAAUGAGCUACGCAAAAAGAUUGUGAUACUAAGACAGUACAUUAAUAAUCAGCUCAACAAAAUCAGACAAUUGCAUGGUGCCCUUUUGGAUCAGGUCAGCCAGAUAAAGAGACUGGAGGUGGAUAUUGAUAUUCGUAUCCGUGCUUGCAAAGGAUCUUGUUCCAAAGGCUUUGUCUAUAAUGUUGACAGGCAGAGUUAUGAAACACUGCAGAAACAGCUUGAACAAAUUGGCAGCUAUAACCUGAGGACAUCUGAUGAUGCAGACAAUGUGAGAGUUUUGAAAAUGAGGCGCCUAAAAGAUGAGCCUGCAUCUGUGUACAAGGCAGCACAGACUGCAGGUGAAGAACCAGCGACAGCAUUUUCAGAUAUACAAGUGAACUGGUUCAUUAUAGAACGAAAGUCAGUAUCAGGAAGCUCUUCUACAGACCUUUCAGCUAAGGAAACUUUGGAUUCAUCUACUGUUAUUUCUGCACCUCUAGUCAAGGAAACAACUGGUACAGGGACUGGAGAAAAAUAUACAACCAGCACUACUACCAGAGUGGUAAAAUGUACAAAAACUGUUACAAAGAAGAUUGUCAUGACCAAAGAUGGCCCUGUAGAAACAGUUGAGGUAACAGGAGGAGAUGACUCACCAGAGUGUGCCCGUAUACAUCAGCUAGGUUUAGGCGAAGUAGAUGGGGUCAGUAGUUCAAGUUCUGUAAAAGUCACUGGCAGCUCCAGCUUGAGUAGUUUUGGGGACACUUAUCCUGAUUUGUCACAGUUUAUGAGCAGGCAGCCCAUUGUCACUAAAGAAACUGUAAGUGGGGGUGGUGGAUCAAUAACAAAACAGACUUGGACCAGUGAAACUGUUGGUGGUGGUGGUGGUAGUGAUAGCUUUGGAAGCAGUACUAGCAAGUUUAGCACAUAUCCUGGAGAUGCUGAUGGCACCAGGUCAACAUCUACCAGGUAUUCUAGCAGCACACAGACUGGUGGGAAUACAGGUAGUGGGACGUUUACCAGCACCAAGUACACAUCAAGCAGUACAGGUGGGAGUGAUGGCAUGACAAUGGGUGAAUUUGAUGACAGUGCAUUUUUCUCUUCACAUAUCCCUAGUGAAAGUGCAGGGAGCUUAUCACACUCAAAGACCACCACAUAUAGUAGUAGUAGUAGUUCCACGAAAGAUGGGCCAUAUUCUGACAGACAGUCAAAAUCCAAGUUUCCACUAACAGAUGAUGAUGAUUUCAUCCAGCAAGAUCAAAGUGGGGAAGACUUUCCAAACCCUCAGGCCCGCAGCUUCAGAACAGAAGUGGAGAAAAAGGAAAGCUCUGUUUUGCAGGAUUGUGAAGACAUCCACCAUAAGCAUACAUCUGGCUCAAAGAGUGGCCUUUUCCAAAUAAAACCAUCUGGUUCUCAAAAAGUCAUAACAGUUUACUGUGAUCAAGAAACUGGUUUGGGAGGCUGGGUUGUGAUCCAACAGCGAACUGAUGGGUCACUUAAUUUCAACAGAACAUGGGAUGAGUACAAGAAAGGUUUUGGCAGUAUAGAUAGCCAAGGAAAUGGAAACCUAUGGCUGGGGAAUGAGAAUAUCCAUUUGUUGACCAGCAAAGAAUCUGUGCUUCGCAUAGAGCUAGAGGACUGGUCAGGAAAUAAGGCAUAUGCAGAAUAUUAUGUAACUGUGGGAUCGGAGUCAGGAGGCUAUGUUCUUCAAGUCUCCCAUUAUGAAGGUGAUGCUGGGGAUGCAUUAAUUAAAGGGACCCCAGAGGACAGCCAGAACACACACCAUAACGGCAUGAAGUUUAGCACCUAUGAUAGGGACAAUGAUUUAUGGGAGGAGAACUGUGCUGUGGCAUAUGGAGGAGGCUGGUGGCACAAUAAUUGCCAAGCUGCUAAUCUUAAUGGCAUUUAUUAUCAAGGACAGUAUGACCCAAGGGAUAAUGUGCCAUAUGAAACAGAAAAUGGUGUGGUCUGGACUUUAUUCAGGUCAGGUGACUAUUCCCUCAAAGUCGUACGUAUGAAAAUUAGACCAGUUGAGACACAAUAAAUCAGUGAGGCAUAUAAUGGUUGCUUUGAUUUCUACCUCUUAAUUACAUUGUAACACCAAAGAUAUAGCAGCACACACGUUUUUAUUAAAAGUUUUUAAAUAUAA